AUGGAGACUCCCCCACCAAUACCAUAUCGUUCACGACAACAUUCUCGUCGAAAAUCUCUAUCAGGUCCUUCGGCGCAUUCCUCAAAUCGCAUAUCAGUACAACCUGCAUCGCCAGAGGUUAUAUCUUCCUUGAUUACAUCUCUCUCCAUCAUAUCCUCUCCCGCGAACGAUCUUUUCGAGAAUCACUCAAACUCGGGUUCACCAUCUGCGUCGACGAUCUCCUUCUCCCAUCCGGACUUACGACCAUCAUAUACUAGGACAAGUUCGGGAGGAAGUUUUGGUAUAGAUUACGGAGCAUUCAGGCAACCUUCAUUGCGCAAACUUAUUGAGGAAGAAUCGCUUGAUGAAUUGGCUGCGAGCCCUCCAGUUGUUAAAACUUCGAAACCUCCAUCAGGAUAUUCUCCGUUAACUGCACCCAAAUCACCAGCGACAGAUUCUAGAUCCAACUCCCUUAAAAACUUUCUGCGCCGACCGGGUUCGAAAGGUUCACAAGGAUCAAAAGAAAAAGAUGAUUCGAGCACAAUCGGGAGUUUAUCAAUAGAGCCGGGUUACGCUCCGAUACAGAAAUUGGAAAGGAAAAGGUCAACGGAUAGUUGGGAUAAAAAGCAGGGUAGAAAUAAUAAAGGAUUGAUGUAUAUGAGUUCAAAGGAAAGACUCAGAGAGAACGCAUCGGAAAAGACACGAAAUUUCAAAGGCCUUGGGCUCGAUCGUCUGGCCAUGCCUAGUCUUGAUCAACCAACUUUCAUGGCUGAAACUCCCAUUACCGAGGAACCUCCCUCAUUAGGCAAACACCCCAUUCUCACACUCGACACUACAAAAGCACCCCCAAUUCCUCGCCGUUGGUCUCCAUCGCUGGCGAAUAGUCCCGGCGGAAUUGGAUCAGGUAGAUUUAUACCUGCACGAGAUUCAUCUCUUCGAAAACCGGCGGCUCAAACGAAGAAACGCGAUUCAAAAUUAGCAAGUAGACGAAGUGAUAUGGAUCGUGAGAAGGAGAAGGAUGUUAUUAACGAGCAUGAUGAAGCUCAGAGUAGGGCAAGCUCUGAAUCUGGGGAAUCCACAAAUAUGAAGGUGCCUAUUGAGGUGUUCCAACCCCCUUCAACCAUAUCUACAGCGCCAGGUAACAAACAACCUGAGGAUUUUGCACAGAACAAUGAGCAUCCACUUGUUGAGGAUGAUCUUGAUUGUGCUCCUGCGCCUGUUAUUACUCAAAGAAGAUCACAAACCAACCCAAGUCCCACCAAAAACAAGAGAUCAUCUAGUCAGAAAAGACAAUCUGGUGGGAUGUCACCUGAACCGCCAGAGCUAAAGGUAAAGCGAAGUAGUUCGCGACUCAAGCGACUAUCCGGUCCUCUAAGUCCUGCCAAUUUGGACUAUGAUACCUCUAAAAAGAAUCCUUCUAGACCUAGCUCUAGAGUUGUUUCUCCCGAACAAUCGAGGCCUGCUUCUGUUUUUAAUGAUCCUCGCCCUAGUAGUGCAGAUUCUAUUGAUGAUGCUGUUACAACUUAUCUCGCAUCUCCACGCUUAUCGCAAAAGAUCAGACACCCAACAAGCGGCCGAACUAUUUCAUUCUCAGAAGUAGGUGAUCCAGAGGGCUCAGCAGUGUUCUGUUGCGUUGGGAUGGGUCUGACAAGAUAUAUCACCGCUUUUUACGAUGAGCUUGCCCUAGCGCUAAAGUUACGACUGAUCACACCGGAUAGACCAGGAGUUGGGCAAAGUGAGCCAUACACUGAUGGUACAGCGACUCCGCUGAGCUGGCCUGAUGAUGUAUACGCAAUAUGUCAAGCUUUGAGGAUAACAAAGUUCUCCAUACUCGCACAUUCAGCUGGUGCAAUAUACGCUCUCGCAACAGCAUUGCGUAUGCCACAGCAUAUUCGCGGUCGCAUUCAUCUUCUUGCCCCUUGGAUUCCCCCUUCACAGUUGACAACAUUUGGUACACAGACAGUAUCGCCACCUGCGAACUCCAUACCUACGUCUCAGCGUAUACUUCGCGCUCUUCCGACCACAAUUCUCAAGGUUGCAAAUUCUAGUUUCAUGAGUGCCACCAGUAGCUCGGUCACAAGCAGCCUUCCAAAACAAAAGAGAACUAAGCGCAAGUCAGCAUCUACCACUCGAGAUACACCGACGCCGAGUGGCAGAAACAACGUACUUACCCCAGGUCUAGAUAAGGAGAAUCAAAAGUUUGAUCCAUCGAGAAGACCAGAAUCUACUGUACCGGGAUCAAUGGAGCAAGCAGCAUCAGAUCCGAAUGAUCCGAAUCAUGAUGCCGCGAUAUUAGCAGUGGCUGCGAGUACAUUAGCCGACAAAGAAAGACAAAUGGCCUAUGAUACACGUCUGACGCAUGCUAUAUGGGAUCUAGCAACUGUCGGCGCAAAUCCAGCUGUGGAUUUACUGGUAUGCCUGGAGAGAAGGCAUACUAUUGGAUUUCGUUAUGUAGAUAUCACACGUUCUACAGUCAUUCAUCAUGGAAGUAAAGAUACGAGAGUCCCUGUUGAAAACGUCCGAUGGUUGGGCAAAACAAUGAAAAGAUGUGAAGUCAGAGUCUUGGAAGGAGAGGGACAUGGAUUAAUGGCCUCGGCUACAGUGAUGGGUGGUGUCCUUAUGGAAAUCGCACGAGAAUGGGAGGAUUGGAUUGAGAUCACGGGGUCUAUGAAAGGUGAUGGAGGGAAAAGAACUCUGAGAGAAAGAGCGAGUGUGGGUGCUUUUAAAUGA